AGAACACUGGAAACUUGACCUCUCGAAUGCUACAUUAGACAACGACGAGUCUUGACAAGACACCGCAUCGCAAGAAUGGCCCCAACUCAACCACGUACUCUCGAGGGCAAAGUCGCCAUCGUAACAGGUGGCUCACGCGGUAUAGGCUACGCCAUCGCCUACGAUCUCGCAGCUCGAGGCGCAAAAGUCGCCAUAACAUACACCUCCGAUAAGUCCAAGCAAGGCGUCGACGAACUCAUCUCCCGCAUCAAAUCCGAAUGCAAGACCGAAGCCAUAGAAGUUCAAUGCAACCUCGGCGAAACUUCAGCUCCCAAGCUGAUUGUGGAUGCAACUGUUAAGGCCUUUGGCCAGAACAUUGAUAUCCUGGUCAAUAAUGCUGCUGUCAUUAGCGAUAAAAGGAUCUCCGAGAUUACGCCAGAACAUUUCGAUGAAGUCAUGCAUCUCAAUGCUCGAGCGCCUUUACUCAUGGUUCAAGCUGUUCUUCCACAUCUUCGAGCACCUGGUCGGAUCAUCAACAUCUCUUCGGUAGGAGCUCGAGCUGGAUAUCCUGCGGUGGGAGUCUACAGUGCCUCGAAAGCUGCGUUGGAAGGUUUCACUCGGAAUUGGGCUGCAGAACUGGGCAAAGAUGGGACGACUGUCAAUGCGGUCAAUCCUGGACCGAUUGAGACGGAGAUGUUGAAGCAGGUUGCGGAGGAAACUGUGAGGCCGCAGAAGGAGGCUACGCUUGUUGAGCAGAGGGCGGGAUUGCCGGAGGAGGUUGCGGAGAUUGUGGGAUUUUUGGCUGAGCCGAGGAGUAGUUGGGUUAGUGGGCAGUGUAUUAGUGCUAGUGGCGGGUAUCAGACGUAUUAG